AUGUCGCACUUCGGAGCACCGAGUCGAGGCUUCAGCGGGGGUUUGCGUCGACCAUGGAUCGUGAAGGCGGCCUAUACGUCUGCAGUGACGCUGCAAGUAGCGUGUGCAAUCCAUCUAAUCAACGAGCACGUGUUCGAGAUUCGCAAUUCGACAGGCGCUUCGAUGCUGCCGACGCUCGCGAUCGAAGGUGACUUCCUCCUGCAGCUGCGGCUGCCGUUCUCGCGGCUGCUCACGUCAAUACGAAGCACGCUCUUCCCAUCUGAUGACACCCAGCAGCACGAAGGAGGCGGAAAUGGGCAUCCGUACUUUCGAGGGGGGCGCAAGGGCGGGGUGGGCGGCUCGUGGUUUAGCAAAGCCGAUCAGGCGCAAGGGACGGGGUUGAAGGUAGGCGAUCUCGUGGUCGCGCUGUCGCCGUUCGAUCCGAGUCGCACCGUGUGCAAGCGCGUGAUUGGGCUUCCGGGGGAUACGGUUGCGCUGGACCCGAGGAUGCGCCCCUUACCGCUACACGCGUGGAGAGGCACCAAGCCCCCCGCACCCUCAGCUCAAACGGUCGACAACGACGACUCGCUCAACAGCAGAAUGGUCAAGUUCGAAACCUUGCUCGCCUCCGUCGGCCACCCCACCACCACCACCACCACCGGCGAUAUCGAUCUCCUGAAAAGCAUGGACACAGAAGCACACCACGACGACACGCACCGCCACAACUCGGCCACCGCCUCGGACCUACAGCAAAACACCUACGUACGCUCCAAGGGUGACGUCCAGUGCAUCACUGUGCCCCUGGGCCACGUCUGGCUCGCCGGCGAGAACAUGGCCAAUUCCACCGACAGCCGCCAUUACGGUCCUGUGCCCCUCGGGAUGGUCAGGGGCAAGGUGCUUGCGAGAGUGUAUCCAAAUCCGAGAUGGCUGUCCAACAGUUUGACCUUUGUCGAUUAG